GUCCCGGCUCCGCUUCUCCGCUUCCUCCCGCCCCGGCAGGGCGGCCCUCCCGUCGCCGCCGCUUCCACUCCUGCGCACUGUGCGCGCCCCCCGGGCUGGGGCCGGGGCCAGGGUCGGGGGAGCGGCGGGUGGCCAAUUGCGGCCCCCCAGGGAGCGGGUCUGGCGGGGCCGUCGCCCGCGCUCGCAGGGAAGGAUGGAGGCAGAGGGCCGGGUACCGGGGCCGCCGCUCCCCCCGCCUUCCCUCGGCAGCGGGGGAGAGGCCGAGGCCGACCCCGACCCCCCCGCGGGUUCCCCCGGCGCGGCCCGGGGGCCGCUGCUUGCUGCCGCCGCCGAGGUGCUGGCGUUGGACGAUGAGGAGGACGACCUGGAGGUGUUCAGCAAGGAUACAUCACUGGCUGAGGUAAACUCAUUCAGUCCUUCUAUGCCAAUAUCCCCCUCAUCAAUGAUAAACCAGUAUAAAUUUGAAGAUGAACCAGAAUUAAGAGAUCUCUUCAUUACAGUCGAUGAUCCUGAAAGCCACAUUACAGCCAUUGAAACAUUUAUUACAUACAGAGUAGUCACAAAGACUUCUCGUGGUGAAUUUGACUCCAGUGAAUAUGAAGUUCGAAGACGAUAUCAGGAUUUCCUUUGGUUGAAGAGCAAACUUGAAGCAGCACAUCCAACACUGAUUAUUCCUCCAUUGCCUGAAAAAUUCAUAAUGAAAGGAAUGGUGGAACGAUUUAGUGAGGAAUUCAUUGAGACUCGAAGAAAAGCUUUACAUAAAUUUUUGAACCGUAUUGCUGAUCAUCCAACUUUAACUUUUAAUGAAGAUUUCAAAAUUUUUCUUACUGCGCAGGCCUGGGAACUCUCCUCACACAAGAAGCAGGGUCCCAGUUUGCUGAGCAGGAUGGGACAGACCGUCAGAGCUGUAGCAUCUUCAGUAAGAGGGGGAGUUAAAAAUCGUCCUGAAACGUUUACAGAAAUGAACGAUUACAUGGAAACAUUUAGUCAGAAAAUAAACGUACUAGACAAAAUAGCUCAUAGAAUUUACAAGGAAGAAAGGGAGUAUUUUAAUGAAAUGAAGGAAUACGGCCCCAUCCACACACUCUGGUCAGCAUCGGAAGAAGAUAUAGCAGACUCCCUAAAAGGUGUUGCCAGCUGCAUCGACAAGUGUUGCAAGGCUACAGAGAAGCGCAUGGCAGGGCUCUCGGAAAACCUGCUGCCGAUUUUACAUGAAUAUGUUCUCUACAGUGAAAUUCUGAUGGGUGUUUUGAAAAGGAGAGACCAAAUUCAAGGCGAGCUUGACUCCAAAGUUGAUGCUUUAGCCAAUAAAAAACCAGAAAAGGAUCUGUUCUCAGAAGAGAUUGGGAAACUUGAAGACAAAGUCGAAUGUGCCAAUAAUGCUCUGAAAGCGGAUUGGGACAGGUGGAAGCAAAACAUGCAGUGUGAUAUGAGAUCAACAUUCACUAAUGUGGCUGAGAAUAAUCUCCGUUAUUAUGAAGAGACACACACAAGACCAUUUUCAAAUUCUACUUCAGAAAAUGCCAUCAUAAAUGAUAUUUUUAAGGUGUCGACCAUGGAAAGCAGGGAACUGGAACAGAAACACACAUGGCAUGUGACACACUGCUUCUAUUAUCAUCCCUACUACACGUUCUAUUUUUGUAUCUCCUUUUUAGUUAGAUAUGCAAUUGUAGUGUAUGAAAACCUUUUUGCUGUUUUUUCUAAAAAUAAUGUUGUAGAAUAGAUGUGUGACCUGCAGUAGUAAUCAGAAUAUUUUUGGUAAAGUAGUCUUAUUUAAGCUCUUGCUAUUUCAUUUUGUGUAUUUAGGCUUUUUUAUGUCUUCUGCCGGGCUUUUACAAGUAAUUGGAUUAUGAAUUUCAAUCCUAUGCAUGCACAUUUAAUUUCCUGGGUUUGGUUUUUCUUUUUUUUUGCCUUUCUCUCUUUGUGAAAGCUGGCUGAUCCUCUAUUUAGAUCUCUGUUUUCAACCUCCCAGGAGAAUGAAGUAAAAUCAUUCUGUUAUAACGUCGAAGUAUACAUCACUAACAAAAUGUCGUUUAUGCAGUUCAUGCCUCACAAUAUAAAAAGCUUGAGCCUAAGGCACAGAGACCUAGUUUUGUUUUGGUAUGGUUAAUUAUAAAACCUGUCAGCUGUAGCGGCACUGUGAUGUCUGACAGUGAAAUGAGCCACCAUUGCUCUUACAUUUUGGAAAAUGUGUUUUGAUUAUAUAAAUGAGCAUAAAUGAAAAACUGAAUAACUUGUGUAACUGAAAAAAAUGGUUUGCGUCUUUGUCUGGAAAGACUUCAGUAGAUUGUAUCUAUCUGGUUAAGCAACAUAUUGUAAUUGCAUUUUAACAUGUGCAGUUUAGCUCAGUGUUGUAAAGAUAACAGAAAGCCAUUUUUACAUUCCAGCCAGUGCUGAUAUAUGUAUUUUAAUUCACAUUAUGAAAAUUACAGAAUGACAAAACAUGGAGUUGCAUGGUAUAAAUUAAACUGUGGUUCAGAAAAAAAAGUCAGUCAUUGCGAACACAAGACUCUUCAAGAAACAGUGAUCAUUUCUUGUCCCACACCUAGAAGAAGCCUAGGAAAACAGAUGUGCCUUGCAGCUUUCUAGGAUGGUAAUCCAGGCUGGGCUCUAGCAAACAGAAAUCUGAGUCUGAGCGCCACAAUGAAGACAUAUUGCUAGCAGCUGCCUCAUUGACAUUUUAAAACCAAGAUGCCACCUUCCAGCUCAAGCAUCUCAGACAGACUCCGCUGCCACAGUGUCACAUGAAGUAGGGGAGAAUCGAAUGAUCAAACCUUAAAGGCUUUAUACAAAAGGUCAAAAAGACCUUUUAAGUCAGAAAUCAGUUUGCAGCACUUCUUGCAGAUCACUGUUCAUGCUAGCACUAUUUUCACUGUUUCUCCCUGCUUUUAUAUUUACCAUUUCAAAAUAUUUCUCCAAGAAGUCAAUGAACAAAGCAGAUUUCUACAUGACUCUUAUACUGUUAUUUCCUCUUUUCACAGUAAUUCAAACCUUAUAUGUGCUCUGAACAGUAGCAUAAUGUUGUGUGCAAAAGCAGCAGAAGUUAGUUGGGGAUUUUGCCAGCAAGAUCAGAAAAGCAAGAUUGGGCCAGUACAUUCAUGGUUUCCAUAGUCUAGGGGACAAUAUAAGAAUAAGGGGAACAGUCUCCAACAUGCCUGAUAACAACCAAAAACCUAUGCAGAAAUAAGCUCCUGCAUACUUUUUUCUUUGUGAUCUCUUACGUCAGUCGGCUGUUUUAACCUCUCACAUUAUCUUGCAGAUCCAUGUCUUCUACUUUUUUAUGUCUUCAGAGACAUAAUCACUGCUGACUUUUGUUUGCUUUGUCUUACUUUUGUCACCCAUAAUUUUAUGUGUACCCCUGGUUCUGCAUCCUUGUGUCAUCAUGGAUUCCCCCAACUCCGGUCAUCCUGUCUGUCUUCUUCAUUUGUUCUUUGAGCUUAUAUUUCAACAUUAUUCGUGACUAUCAGAUCCUCCCACUCAUCUGCUUGCACAUAGAUAUGCAGUAAUACCAGGACCUGGGCUCUUUAAUGUAAUAUGAUUAAAUCUACAUAUUUAAUGGCAGACUUUGUAAGUCCUUCACUAGAAAUGACUAAUAAGACAGAGUUAGGUGGCUGUAAGUACAAGCAGCAUGAAUGCUAGCAUAUUUUCCAUGUCUCCUAAGUAAUGACAGAUAGAUGCUAGAUAUUUCAUUGUAGCUGGGCAUAGCAAAUUACUGUGGCUUGAACAGCUUAUGGUAGAAGUUUUCACUUAGGAAAUGAUGCUGGUUUCAGGGUGCUGAUUUAAUUCAAAGUUCAGAUAAAUGGAGUAUGCUGUCUAGGUUUUAGUAUUAAAGAAGAUAUUUCCUGAGAAAUUUCAGAAGACUUAUUUAUUGUGAAUAUUUCAGAUUCUUCAUGAAAAAAACUGUAUACAGUAAGUAGUAAAUAAGCUGCACUGUCAAGAGCAAUAGGUAUGAGUCAAAAUUCUAUUAGAACAUUUCCAUUCCAAGGGUUUUUUUCAAUAGCAUCAAGACAAUAAAAUUAUUGCAUGAAUUUGCCUGGCCUGUUCUAAUGACAGACUUGAAAUAGUACAAACCUGGUACUUUGGGUAACAUGCACCAGGCUUACCUAGUGAUAGCCUUGCCAUGACUCUCAAAACUAAUCUAUGAUUUCUAAUGGUUUGCCAAGCUGCCAACAUUCAUUUAAGCCAAACUGAACCCAAGUAAUUUGGGGAUUUUUUUUUUUUUUUCAUUUUACUGCCUACAGUAUUGGUGCUUCAAAUAAAAAAAAUUAGUUUGUACAAUUAUAAAUACGUUUUUCCAUGAGAAGAGAAAUGCCACUUGUUCUAAGGAUGACAAUUUCUCCACCCCGUUACCCCCUGCCUUUCUGGUCCCAUUUCUUUCCCAUUACUCAGAGGAAAAAUGAAUUCUCUGUAUAUUUUAAAAAAAACUGUUUUAAUUUAACUUGGAAAGAAAAUUGGGUAUCCAGUAGGAAUCCACAGAGAUUACAAGGGAACUGUGCCUGACAGUGUGCUUUCUAUUUGGAAGAGAUCUUUGCCUAUAACUAAAGGGAGAGAUUAAAGAAGAGCAUAAUUAAUGUUAGCAUCUUCCAUGCUAACAGAUACAAUUACGAUGCUCAUACUGUGCACUUGUCAUUAUGUAAAAGUGACCUUUACAGCUCACUCAGCAUGUUGGCUAACAUUUUGCAUAUCACUGAGCUGCCUAGGAAACCAUAUUUUGCUCUUACCGUAGCCCCACAAAAGCAGCUUGUGACAAUGUGUAUGUAUUCUGCUAUUUUUUUUAAUUCUUUUUCUCCUUGGCUACCAGUUUUACAGAAAUCUAUCUGCUAUAUUCAUAUGUAUCUGUUGUUUU